AUGGAGGCGGGAGAGCUCUACUACUGCUUCACCCCUGAAUUGACGGCAGAGAGGAGGCGGGCUUUCCUCGCUUAUACCCGAUUCAACAAAGCAGACGAUGUGUCCCGCCGAGAGAGUCUCGAGCUUCUCAAAGAGCUCAUCGUCGACAAGACCCCGUUGCCGCCCAGGCUUCCCGAAAUGACUGAUGAGGAGGACGAGGCUCUGCUUGACGACUUUCCUAUAGUUUACCCUCCCAUGAGAACGGAUUAUGGGUAUAAUGUCAAGUUGGGGAAAAACGUCAUGGUCAAUUUCAACAGUACCUUUAUCGACUCUUGCGAAAUACGCCUCGGGGACCGCACCAUGGUCGGCCCUAACUGCAGCUUCUUCAGCGGCACUCACCCCCUCGACCCAACCCUGCGGAACGGCACUCGAGGACCUGAGACUGGAAAACCCAUCACCAUCGGCGAGGACUGUUGGUUUGGAGGAAACUGCAUCGUCCUUCCCGGGGUGACUAUCGGCAAAGGAGUGACCGUUGGUGCUGGCAGUGUUGUGACCAAAGACGUCCCGGCGUAUCACUGCGUUGCAGGUAACCCAGCAAGGAUCAUCAGGAAGAUCGAGGUCUCCGGCCUCGAGACAACCGAGACCGAGGGCACCGAGGGCACCGAAGUCCUGGUCGGAGAGGAUGCUGCAGUAGUCUGA